CAACUGAAUGUUUGCUGGCCAGAUAAGAAGAUAGAAAAUGGAGCUAAACUGCAAGUUUUGCUCAUGUUAAUUGUGUUGACAGAAUUACAGUAUUGCACAAGGAGGCAUUAGAUAAAAAGCUUUGGAUAUCUCAUCAGAAGAGACAUUGCAUGUAGCCAGUUACAAUUAUAUACAUGUAACACUGUUUCCAAACUGUUAUGGCUGAUAUCCAAGUUACUCAAGAGGUUGUUGUGGAACUGAAUAAUUUUUACAAUGUUGAUUUAUUUCAAAGAGGAUAUUAUCAGUUGAGAAUCCAUGUAGUGAAUCCAACCAAAUUAAGCUCCAUCAUAGAGUGUGAAUUAGCAGAAGAAAAUGAAGCUUCAAAAGCUGCACCGUGUUUGUUUAAAGCUUUUGUUGACAAGCAUUCGCAUUCAGGAAUCUCAAAAACAUUUGAAGUUUAUUACAAACAUGAAGAAGUUCCAAUCAAAGAUAAAUUUGUCUUUAAAGUGCACAUGUUAGUUGAUGGAAGCAAGCUUGAGUCUCAAAUCCCAAGAAAAUUGGAUAUUGUUAUUGAUUUAUAUUUUGUGGAAUGUUCACGCAGAUAUCCAGCCACGCCUAAAUCAUUGGACUUAGCAAGCUCUCAAGCUAUAAUUUUGCAUUUGCCUUUUGGAAAAACAUUUCAUGCAUAUCGGCCUGUUCUGUUUGAUUAUUUUCAUCUUGGUGCAGUUACAUUUACUGUACACUCGUGUUUGACAGCGUUUCGUCAACCAUGGUCUGCCUCACUCAAAGCAGUUCAUCCAAUUUGGAGUGGAAAAUCUGGAAAUGUUCGCCAAUAUUGUUACAAUGCAUUGUUUGGGAAGUCAAGUCAAAUGGCACCAACACAGAAACUUGAUAAUAGACAAAAAUCCAAUGCAUCAUUUUUACAUAGAAAACUUUGUUUGCAGCUGUUAAGACUUUAUGAGCAACUUUUAACCUACUACCAUUCUGCGAUAUCAUGUUUACCUGAUUAUGCCCAAAUGAGAUUGAGCAAGGUAGAUAUCAAUGGAAAAUUAGAUGUUCUAAACACUGAAUUUGAUUUACUAGCAACAGCAGAAGAAAAUUAUACCAGGAUGGGGGAUGACCUUUACCUAUUAAGUACUGAACUUUCAAUGUUAUGGUUGCAAUUUAUAGAACAGUUUUCAUUUGAUGAUUCUCUACUUGAACACUUGAUUAAUGAGCAUCAUAUACUUCGGAAAAAUCAUAUGAAAGAAGCGUUUUUUACCGAGGAACAUCCAUGGGAAGCGUUGUGUACCUCACUGGAAUUAAGUACAUCUCAACAAACAAAAAUGUCGAAUGCAGUUAAGAACUCUCUGUACUACCAAUUAAUACCACCUGUUAACCUUGAGUGCAACAGUUUAGAUGGUGAUAAUACUACUAUGCCUAUUAUUUUUGAAGAUAAAUAUAUUCCUGGAAAAAAAGUUGAUCAAGAUUUAAAGAGGGGUUCAAGUUUUUCUAUGACUGUCGAGGAGUCAAUUGUUGGCGAUGAUUUUGUGGAUAUGGAUGUCAGCAUAGAAGAUUCAGCUGGUCAUGUAACGAAAUUAAAAACCUCUGAUGAUGAAAAAGAUGGAAAAGAUGAAAAUGAUGACGAUGAUAAUGACGACAAUGGAUUCACUGUUGAUGAAAGUUGUUUAGAACCCUAUGAUAAAUCUAGAACUGAUUCACUACUUCGAAAAAGUGAAAUGAUAAAAAAAUUUCAAACUGGCAGUGAUCAGUGGGAGUUAAGCAGAGAAAAACUGUCAUACGCCAAAAAUGUAAAGGAAACAGAUUUAACUGGCUCCGAAUAUUCACCAAAAACAGAACAUUAUCAUAAGGAAUUGACUUCUACUACUUCGAAUACAGGCUCCCCUCUAAAAGAGUUAAAGUCACCGAAUUUUCCCAACAAAGAAACAGCUGUAUUUUAUACUAGUUUUGAUGACGACGAUUCCAGUGUUUCAAAUCGAUCAAAACUGCCAUCUGUUGGAGAAGAUGCUCUAACACUUGAAGAGCUUGACAUAGACAACGAAACAGCGAAAGAGAAGCAAAAGCUAGACAUACCAAAGAAAUAUUUAAAGAAUUCAAAGCUUGCUAUUGGCGAACCACCCUCGCCUUCAGAUCCUCCCAAACCAAAACUAUGGAGUUGUUUUCCAGCCCUUAAAACAGGUUCAAGUAAGCGCAACUCAUACAAGAUGGUUAUGCAGUCUCCACCAUAUAUGCCUGCACCAAAAGACAGCUCAACAAGAUUUCAGAGAGCUAAAGACACACUUGAAGCUACUGUUUGUAAUUUACCUGGACAUCGAUACAGCCAUCUCACUGAAGCAACUACAGUGAGACCAUACUUCUCAGAACGUAUUGUUGCGACAACAGAGAAUGUCCAUCUUGUUGUGUGUGUUCACGGACUUGAUGGAAAUAGUGGUGAUCUGCGUUUGGUGAAAUGUUAUCUUGAAAUGGCUUUACCGAGAUCAAAUUUUGACUUCCUCAUGUCAGAAGUGAAUCAGGAUGACACAUUUUGCGAUAUUGACGAAAUGACGUCUCGAUUAGUGCAAGAAAUUUUGCGCCAUAUUGAAGAGCAAAACUUGGAAGUGGUAAAACUGAGCUUUGUUGGUCACUCUUUGGGGAACAUUAUCAUACGCAAUGCGGUUGCAAAUUCAUCACUGUUUGAAUAUCGAAACAAACUUCACACGUUUUUGUCACUUUCUGGACCUCAUCUUGGCAUGCAGUUUCAUACUAGCAACUUGGUCAGCACAGGUAUGUGGUUAAUGCAAAAAUGGAAAAAGAAUGGUUCGUUGGUGCAGUUAGCGUUAAAUGAUUCCAGUGAUCCUCGUGAUACUUUUAUGUACAGAUUGAGUUUAACAAAUGGUUUCCAAUACUUUAAAAAUGUCCUCCUCGUAAGCUCAGUUCAGGACCAUUACGUCCCGUUUCAUUCCGCACGUGUCGAGAUGAGUAAACAAGUGGUGAAAGAUCAUUCUGAAGGAAGUCGAGUGUAUAAAGAGAUGCUUGACAACAUUAUGAAUCCAUUGAUGGUACAAGAAGAAAUUAACAUCAACAGAUACAGUGUUUAUCAUCCCAUGUCGUCCUCGGCUAACACUUUCAUUGGACGCGCAGCUCAUAUCGCCAUGUUAGAUUCGGAAUUAUUUCUAGAAAAGUUUAUUCUAAUAACUGCUAGUAAGUAUUUUGCAUAGAUUAGAAAAUAUUUUUAUAUUUAUUAUUUUUUAGACAUAAAUAUAUACAAUAUUAAUUUAUGAUUACGUAAACAGUAGUCUUCUAGUUUUUGUAUUUUAGCUUGGUGACACGAGAUAAAGAAAAACAAUAUUUUCGAAGGGGUAUAGUUUAUGCACGGGAGGGGCACAAAAAGUUGCGGAAUAUUUUUUUCGGUAAACGAGACUUUAAUUUAUGUACAUACAUAUUAUUUUUUGUUCUUAUGAGUUGGUUUUUCCACGACAUUUAAAUUGUAUAAGUUUUAUAUUUCGAACAUUUUUAUUUUGGA